GAGUCCUCCACGAGCAGAGAGAGGCUUGAGACAAAAAGAGGAGAAAGCAUAGGGCCUGUUGUAUAUAAUAUUAGAGACGCCCCCCUGGCCCUGGACCGUGUCCGUUCCUUGUCGCACAUCAACUUUCCUUUCCCCACUAUUAAACUUUUGUAUAUUGCCGGUACGACGCACAAAGUUGUUUCCUGCACGACGCGUUAUAUUUUUCGUCGUGUCUGUUGAAACGUCUUGCUGGAGUAUUGCCUUGCACCACCUGUGAGACGUCACGGACAAUAUCAUGGGGUCUAUUCAGCCGCCGUCGUCGGUGUCUACCGAGAGCGUUGAUGUCCUGGUUGUGGGCGCUGGUGUUUCUGGUAUCAACGCUGGGUACCGCAUCCAGACCGAACUCCCACACUUCACAUACAAGAUCGUUGAAUCUCGUGGUGCCAUCGGUGGUACAUGGGAUCUUUUCCGCUACCCUGGUAUCCGGUCUGACUCGGAUUUGCACACUUUCGGCUUCCCGUGGCGUCUAUGGGCUCACAGCAAGAGUAUUGUAGACGGUACCUCGAUCCGAAACUACAUCCGGGAGUCUGCAGAGGAGUUUGGCAUCGACAAGAAAAUCGAGUUCAAGCACAAAGUCCUGUCCAGCGACUGGUCGUCCCAGGAGCAAAACUGGAACGUCAUUGUUGAUAAUGAGGGCACUGAGAAGAGGUACAAGGCGCGCUUCUUGCUCUUCAGCACCGGCUACUACGACUAUGAUACGCCGCUCCAAACACAGAUUCCUGGCCUGGAUAACUUCCAGGGCCAGCGGAUUCACCCGCAGUUCUGGCCCGAGGAUCUCGACUACACCAACAAGAACGUAGUCAUCAUCGGAUCCGGUGCCACGGCUGUAACCCUCCUCCCGAACAUGACCGACAAAGCCGCAAAAGUCACCAUGCUGCAGCGCAGUCCCACAUACAUCAUCCCCCAACCCGCCAAAGACCCCCUCGGCUCCAUCUGGCACCGCACCCUCCCCACCUGGCUCUCCUCCCGCCUCACCCGCUGGAAAUUCCUCAUCCUCCCCCUCAUCUUCUUCCACUUCUGCCGCACCUUCCCCAACGCCGCCCGCGGCGCCAUCCGCCUCGUCACAAAGCGACAACUCAAGGGCUCCCACCUCCCGCAAGACCCACACUUCCAACCAACCUACAACCCCUGGGAGCAACGCCUCUGCGUCACCCCCGACGCAGACUUCUUCCAAGCCAUCCGCGCCGGCAAAGGCACCGUCGUCACCGACACCAUCAAGCUCGUCAAGAAAGACGGCAUCCAGACCACCGCCGGCACCUGGAUCCCCGCCGACAUCAUCGUCACGGCGACAGGCCUCAAGGUCCACCUCGCCGGCGGGUCCCGCAUCGCCGUCGACGGCCAGCCCUUCUCCUUCUACGAGCAAUUCCAGUGGCGCGGCGCCCUGAUGUCGCGCCUUCCCAACGCCGCCUUUGUCCUCGGCUACACGAAUGCCUCGUGGACGCUCGGCGCAGACUGCACCGCUCUGCUCUUCACGCGCAUCAUGAAGUACAUGGAGGCUCAGGGGUAUGCGUCCAUCACGCCGACGCUCACGCCCGAGGAUCUCGAGGGCCCGGCGGCGCUGAAGCCGAGCAGUCCGAUGAAUUUGAAUAGUACGUAUUUGGAGAAGGCGAAGGGCUUGUUGCCGUCGGCUGGGGAUCGGGGCCCGUGGAAGGUGCGGAAGAAUUAUAUUUUGGAUCGCUGGGCGGCGGUGCAUUGUGAUGUUACUGAGGGGACGGUGUUUCGGAGGGGGGAGACGAAGAAGGUUGCUUAGAGGUGUGGUUUGUGGGUGUGUGAUUCGUUGUUGUGUGGAUGGUUUCAGACGAUGGGGGAGGACUAGGCGUUGGGAAUUGUGUGGGUGGGCCGUUUGAGGCUGCGUUGCAAGAGUGCUACAUAGAGUGCUGCGUGAUAUACCUCGCUUUUAAAAUAUAAUCAAUCUUCCUGUC